CGGAGUUUUAAAAGCUCUUUCUUCCCCCAAUUUUUUUUUUAUUUUUUAUUUUAUUUUCGAUUUGCCCUAACAAUUCAAAGACAGAAAUGGGGAAGCAACCGGUGAAGUUGAAGGCGGUCGUUUACGCGCUCUCCCCCUUUCAGCAGAAGGUGAUGCCUGGUCUGUGGAAAGACUUGCCCGGCAAGAUUCACCACAAGGUCUCCGAGAACUGGUUCAGCGCUGUCCUCCUCCUCAGCCCCCUCGUCGGCACCUACUCUUAUGUCCAAUAUUACCAGGAGAAGGAGAAGUUGGCGCACCGCUAUUGAAGUGCAUGCAUGAGUCUCCACUUUCGCAGUAAAGCUCAUCAUCAUUUUGCUACAACUUGGAUGAAGGAGACUGGAGUGUGUCAAGAUAAAAAUUGAUGUGAGUUACUGGGAAAUUUUCGAACAAUGUUCGACUUCUUUUGCUGCUUACAAUAAUGUGUGCAUUAUUGAGAGUGCAUUUUUUUUAGUCACUUCUAAGUAGUUCUGAUAUCCCAAGUCAAUAUCGUCGUGCCUGAAAAGUAGAAAUGUAACAGGAAUUUGGAUUUCCCUGACUUUGCCCCAUUGCCCCCACAUCCCCCCUCUCUUUUCAAUGAGCAAAGUCAAGGGUAACCCGUUCCUAAUGUGUGCU